ACCAGUAGGUCUAAGUACUGUCUACUUUUCUAUUUAUAAGUAUCUUACGAUAUCGCGAAGGGAAAAAAAUUCCACAUUUGUAAUAAUAAAAUGUACAUACACAAAAAAAUUGGCGCUAUAACACGAAAUAAUGUUUACCAUGUGUACGAUAAUAAUUAAUAUCAUGCUUCGUACGAUGUUACAUAAAAGAUGAAGAAAAGAAACACAUCGGCCGCGAAGUUAAUUCUGCCUUCUUCUUCGCUAAACUAAAAUUAUAGGCUAAUUUAAUUUCAAAUUAAAUCCGUAGUGUAGAUCUUAUAAGCAUAAAGUACACGCGUACAAUGUUGUAUGUGUAGGUAUUUAUUUGCAGUGAAUGUAAUGUUUACUUUAAGAUUUUCACUUAUUAAUUAUUACAUACAUUCAGAAUUAACACAGGUAAGCGUUUUACUCUUAACUUUGUUUGUUUAUGCUAAAUUUAUUAAUUUUUUGAUAAGAAAAACCAUAAGUUAACAAACUAAUUUUUUUCUAAAAUAUGUUACUGUUGUGAAUCCGUUUUCGUAUCAAGGAAAUCAUUCGAUGAGUCAUCACUCUUCUUCUGUCUAACACGGUCUAACGUCGUCGGCGUCGUUUUUAAAAACCGGUUCUAAAUCGAUGAUUUUGGCAUAACGCAGGGAUGCCCUCAACAUGACGGAAUUCAAAGUACUACGUGAUUAUAACGAAUCGGAACGCGAUGAAACGUCAAGGGAUUCGCAAAAUCCGGUUGAUUUUGUAUUGGUUUACGGCGGUCCUUCUAAAAAAGUACAGCAUUAUUUAGUCGAAGAAAAAAAUAAAGAAGAAAUUAGAUCUAUUUUUGAAAAAUGCCUAAAAGAGGAAGGGCUAGAAAUCGAAAAAGAUACCACUGGAAGUUUAGUAUUUGUAAAAAUAUCUGUACCUCGUCACGUACUGGCAAAAAAUUGCGAAACGCUUAAACUAAAAAUGCCAUUGAAAAAGAUUGAAGCCAAUAAGCUUGAAAGAACUGAAACCCGUGAAAAGUUCGAUUUGAUCGAUAAGAUGAAAACCUUCGGCAGAAAAACCAUCCGAGCUUUUGUUACAAUCGAUCCUAAGAAAUGUUACGAAGAAAAAAAUAUUUUAUACGCCGAAUACAGCAGAGAUAAGAGCUACUUAUUCGAUGAACAUGAUUCAAAUUUUUUCGAUUACUCGGUUCGAGUCAUCGUAAUUACUCAUAUUUUGGAAAAAAUACCUUGGGGUGAAGAUGCCAAUGAUUCGUGUCGAAUCGGAAUCGAAUCUUUAAUUAAAGAAGACGUGUACGAAGCAGCUUAUCCUCUGCAUGAUGGAGGUUAUACUCAAGAAGGCUCAUUACGUAAUCAUCUACGAGUUGAAUGGGCCAACGCAAAAUCUUGGAUCAAAUUACAACCAAUCGACGAUAUAAAAGAUUAUUUAGGAGUGAAAUCAGCUUUUUAUUUCGCAUGGCUCGGCUUUUACACUCGACUACUUAUUCCUGCCUCAAUUUUAGGUUUAAUCGUGUUUUUUUAUGGAAUUUUGACCAUAAAUGGUGACAUUUUAAGUAAUGGCAUCUGUGACAAAACUAAUAAUAUCACAAUGUGCCCACUUUGCGAUAACAAUUGUGAUUAUUGGAAAUUAUCAGAAACGUGCGGACAAGCUCAAAUUACUCAUAUGUUUGAUAAUACCUUAACCAUAGUGUUUGCUCUUGUGAUGUCAGUUUGGGCUACCUUAUUUUUGGAAUCAUGGAAACGACAUGCUGCGGUACUAUCUCAUCGUUGGGGAUUAACAGAUUACUCCACCCAAGCAGAGCACCCUCGACCGCAAUAUUCUGCGAAAUUAGCAGGAUCUAAGAAGAAAAUUAACGAAGCUACAGGCCAACCCGAAGUAGAAUUAUCAUUUUGGUCUGAAAAACUACCAUCAGUUGUAUUCAGUUACACAAUAAUCUUAUUUUUUAUUUCCGUCGUUAUCGGAGCCGUAUUCAGUAUUGUAUUGUACAGAAUGUGGAUGAUGCAAGCAAAUUCUGGCUUCGAUCGUGAUAAAUCGCAUGUAAGACUAAGAGUGAUCAUUUCAACAACUGCUGCCACCAUGAAUUUAAUUUCUAUUAUGAUUCUAAACAAGGUUUACUACAGAGUAGCUAUUUACUUGACCAAUUUGGAAUUGCCAAGAACCCAAACAGAUUUCGAGAAUUCUUUAUCAAUCAAGAUGUAUAUUUUCCAAUUUGUCAACUACUAUUCGGCUUUGAUGUACAUCGUACUGCUGAAAGGCAAAUUCGUCGGAUAUCCCAAGAAGUAUAAUCGUAUUUUUGGAUUCAGACAAGAAGAAUGCAGUCUAGGAGGAUGUCUGAUCGAAAUGAUUAUUCAAUUGGUUACAAUUAUGGUAGGCCAACAAAUCCUCGGCACUAUUCUAGAAAUCCUGACACCAAUAAUUUGGAAACAAGUUAAUCAAAAUUCGUUGCGGAAAAGUUUCAAAAACGAAAAAAGAGAAUCGAUUUCCAGUAGUAAAAAGCAAUGGAUCAAAGAUUACAAAUUACUGGAUUGGAAAACCGAAGGAUUGUUUUGGGAAUAUUUAGAAAUGGUCAUACAAUUCGGUUUCGUUACGUUGUUUGCGGCUGCUUUUCCACUGGCUCCAAUAUUCGCUCUAUUGAAUAAUAUUUUCGAGCUUAGAUUAGACGCUAGGAAAAUUCUCAAAUACUAUAAACGUCCUGUACCUCACAGAGUACCAAAUAUAGGAGCAUGGUACAGAAUACUAGACGUCGUUGGUAAAAUUGCCGUAGUAUCGAAUGCUACUAUAAUAGCUUUUUCAUCGAAUUUCAUUCCUAAACUGGUGUACUGGUACUUUCGAGAACACGAUGAACUAGGAUCAUUUUUGGAGUUCUGUUUAUCAUCGUUUAAUACUACUGAUUUUGACGAAACCGUUGCUCCUGUUUCUCCAUCGUCGGCGAAUGUAUCAAUAUGCCGUUAUUAUGGCUAUAGAGCAGAUCCCCUUAAACUGAACAAAUACAAAAGAACGCAAAUGCAUUGGAAAAUUAUGGUCAUGAGACUUUUAUUCAUUCUUAUAUUUCAAAACAUAGUGUUCAUCGUUAAAACAGCCUUACAAUGGUUGAUACCGGACAUUCCGCAAAAAUUAUCCGAUCGAAUAAAACUAGAAAAUCGUUUAGUUACCGAAUUAAUGGCAACCGGUAAAACAAAAGUGAACGAUGAAAGUAGCGGGAGACGUGGUAAAAAAUAAUGCAAUUGUGAUUUGAAUAUACUUGCAGAUUUAUGACUUAUGAGAAAAGCUGUUUGUAAAGCUAGAUGUACGUAGGUGUUAUUUUACAUAAUUUAUAAAAACCAUUUGAUAGGAUCGAGCUUUUAAUGAAUUUUGUUUUUAAUCGAGAGGGUAUUUGCAAGUAGGUAUUCGAAAUGAAACUGAAACUUUGAAUGUAUCUUAUUUUUUUACAAUGCGUUUAUUUAUAAGUUUCAUCGGGUAUAUUCACUUAUUUAGUUUUAUGUUGGAUACUCAAUUGUAAUUUUAUCGAGAAAAUCUCUCAGGAAUUUUUUUAUACUGCAAAAUAUUGCUAAAACUUUGUAAACUUCGAUCGAAUUAUAAAACGUGAUAUCAAUAUAUGUAAUGUUAUGCAUAUAA